AUGGACUCGUACUUUGGUCUACCAGUUAUGUAUCCAGAUAAUGUUGACGAGUCAACAGGUGCCAUGCCAUUUGUGUGGUUUUCGCACAACCGUUUACCCAAAAGUUGUCAAGACCUAAACGAAUGUAAUAGUAACAUCUAUAGUUUAAUGGUACCAGAAAUCAGCAACAAACCAUUGCCGGCUGUAUGCGAUUUAAAAACUUUCGAUGGUGGUUGGACCAUUAUACAGCGACGACAAGAUGGCUCUGAAAAUUUCUUUAGAAAUUGGACAGAUUACGUCGAAGGAUUUGGCAAUUUAAAUGGUGAAUUUUUUAUAGGUUUAGAAAAGCUUUACGCUCUUACGUCAUUGCAUGAGCCUCAAGAAUUAUACAUUACGUUGGAAGAUUUUGAUGGACAAGAAAAAUAUGCUAAGUAUGGACAAUUUAAAGUUGAUUCUAAUAGUACGGAUUACACAUUAACGGUGGGUAAAUAUUCCGGGAAUGCUGGUGAUUGUUUAAGUCAACAUAAUGGUUAUAAAUUUUCAACCAAAGAUCGUGAUAAUGAUGCAGAAGAAAAUAAAAAUUGUGCCGAUCACUGGAAGGGAGCUUGGUGGUAUAAUAAUUGUUUUUAUAGCAAUCUUAAUGGAUUGUAUUUGGGAGGUAAAACACCUUCUUCAAAGAGAGGCAUAUCCUGGUGUAAAUUUCGAAAGUAUGAGUAUUCACUUAAGUCGGUAAAAAUGAUGAUACGACCAAAGAGAAAUUGACUAUCGGUGUCAAAGUUUUGGAAUGCUUUUUUGAACAAUAACUAUUUUAUAAAAGUUAAUCCAUAAGAAUUAAAUUUAGUUAAGUUGACUAGAAUAGUGAUGCAAAUAAAUUAUACUCUUAUAGUAAAAUUAAUUACUCAAUUAUUAAUAAAUUUUUAAGUUACGCUUCGAA